GGAGGAUCUCAAAUCAACUUCUUCCCUAGGGUCAUUGUUUUGUUUUGAGACCAAUUGGUCUGUCAAUGGCUGGGUUUCUUUAAUACCCUUUUCCUGAGAUUUGUACAACACCUUGGUUAGGUUUCCCCAUCCCAUCUCCGACGACAUCCAAACCCCAUACACGAUCUGGGUGUUGAUCCUCGGUCUUUUGGCGGCACACUCACCACAACGGUCGUUCAUCACAUCAAGCACCCUCCCCUCUGGGUCAACACAAGGUCUCGCUUAGGUCCUUGCCCUCAGAAGCCGACGGAAUUGAUUCUUUGUGGAACUGCCGCGGUCGACUACUUGAAGAGUCUGUUGGUUCUCGGUCUAGGUCUCGCCCUCGGCAAGCCAAGUCUACUCUACACCUGCCCAGUUUUGCACAACUUUGGUCGUGCGUACGGUCGCUGUGACUCGAAAGCCUUGCACCGAAAAGUGAAUUGGCUCCAAGCUAUCCAUUUUCCACCAAAAGAUCGUGAAUACCAACCGUUGCAUUCACUGUUUAGUGGUGUCAUUUUAGUCGACCAGACUGCACUACACUUUCACCCACAACAAUACCCUCACCAUCUUCACCCACCACCUAUAUAUAAAGUUCAUUGCAAGUCACGAACUUUUUCACCAAUACUCCCCCCCUCCCCCCCAACACCAUCAACACCUCAAACUCGACCGCGUCCGCUUACAACGCCGCCGAGUUUACCGCCAAACCUUGACAUCUCCCGCGCGCGGAUACGACCACCAGCUUGCACGCGUGCAGACCCCCCUCUCCCCCCGGUUCACGAUGCUGAACUUCUUCCUUCCCAAUUUUGGGUCGCUCUGGACCACGACCUCGUGGUUAUAUCUAUUUAUCGCUCUGUGGCUCCACCGCUACGUGCGCCUACUCGUUCACUGCGUGAGCCACUGGUCGUACAAGUCUAAGCCUGUCCCCGCGAAGCCCAGCUUCACUUCGGAGGACGUGACCGUCAUUAUUCCGACGAUCCAUAAUGUCUUCGAGGAGCUUCGUCCCUCUCUUGAGAGCAUUCUUGCCUGCAAGCCAUACGGCCUUCUUCUUGUGACCACCGUUGACAAGCACAAGUCCCUUGCCAAGCUCGCAGAGACUCUGCCGCAUCCCAACGUCCAAGUUCUGUCCACCCCCAUCGCCAACAAGCGCCUCCAGGUCUGUGAGGCUCUGCCUAACGUCGCAACCAAAAUCACCAUUAUGGCCGAUGACGAUGUGACAUGGCCAGAAACCAUCAUGCCAUGGCUGUUGGCGCCUUUCGAGGACCCGAAGAUGGGAGGAGUUGGCACUUGUCAGAGGGUCAGGCGUGUUUGGGAGGGACCAUGGUCGACUCGCAUCUUCAAUUGGCUGGGCGCAGCGUACAUUGAGCGACGCAAUUUCGAGAUAUCGGCCACCCACAACAUUGAUGGCGGUACAUCGUGCAUGUCUGGUCGCACCGGCGCCUACCGUUCCGAGAUUCUAUCGAGCCACGAUUUCCUUGAGGGCUUCAAGACGGAGAAAUGGGGGCCGUACAUCCUGAACGCCGAUGACGACAACUUUGUCACCCGCUGGCUUGUUAGUCACCAGUGGAAGACCUGGAUCCAGUAUGAGCGCGAGUGCGAGCUCGAGACGACGCUCGAAAACGGCAUGAACUUCCUCUACCAGUGUUCCCGAUGGGCUCGCAGCAACUGGCGAAGCAAUUGGACGAGCCUGGUUACGGAGCGAUACGUGCUGACUCAGCAAAUGUGGUGCACCUACGCCCUGCACAUUGCCACCUUUACUUCUCUGGCCUUCGUGAUGGACCCCUUCAUCAUUGUGGCUCUCUGGAAGGGGACCGCCGAUUGGGAUCCCGAGAACCGACGCAUCGCUUUCUGGGCUCAGAUUGCCUUCGUCUUUGGCUUCACCAAGGUAGUCAAGCUUAUGGGCCUUUUCAAGCGAAACCCUAGCGAUCUCGUGUUCCUCCCGGCGUCGAUUCUCUUUGGCUGGUUCCACGGCCUCAUCAAGCUGUAUGCGCUAUUCACACUGAAGAUGGUAGGCACACCCAACUUUCCCAGGUAUCCAGAUCUUCGAGCAAUAUCGCUAACAAUCUGGCAGAUUUCAUGGGGCAGCCGUGCCGACGGUGACGCUAAUGAUGACAUUCGUCUCUUCCCCCGUCCCAAGCGCGCCACCAGUAUGACGACACCUCCCAAUGGACAGGAUCUCAUCCGGUACCGCCAGACAACCGAGAAGAGCGGGCACAUUGAAGCUCGCCAGUAG